GGUUCCUUCCCUUCCCUUCCCUUCCCAUCUCGUCUUAUUCCAAUCAGUCUUUCAGACGAUAGACUUUCUUUUAUUCUCUCCUAACAUGAAGGGGAUGUUCAUCAUUCAACGAAUGUUAUCGACUUUUUGAAAUCGGGCUUUUGCCUAUCUAUCACGUCCUUGCCGCAUUAGGCAAUGAUGAGGAUAUGAUAAUUCUUACGAAAACCCCAUCUUACUUGCCUGGCAAGAUUCUCAAGAGCCGUUUACAAUCUUCUGGGCUUGAACAAUUCUUUCCAUUCCUUCUGCGUCAACCUUCAAUUGUUGUUUCGUCGACCAGGACAACACCAGAAUCUAGAGUACGGCUUGCGACUUGCCACUCAAUCAACCGGUCUACGAAGUGGCUUUGACAUCUUGAAUCUGGAGAUAAAUAGAAUUUCUUGGUAAGUUUGACAUCUCAUUACUACCUUUAUAUAUAUAUAUAUAUAUAUUUUAUAAACAGGUAGAUACCCACAAAGCAGGAGUUGGACUAUAUACGAAACCAGCCUUAAAAAUCUAUCAAGUUUAUCUAUAUUUGUAUUUGUAUGGCUUCAUUGUCAGCAAACACUUCCAGAUUCCAUGCAAUUUCGAGGGUGCAAAUUAACAGAUAUGGCCAACUAUCAUCGUCGCAUUGCCGCUCUCCCAUCAAGUCUUUUAUCAGAGAAUGAAAGUCAUUUCAACUCAUCAAAACGGCCUACUUACAGGUAUGAGCGGGGACCAAACACGCAAUGGCUAGUUGAGACUCUCCCAAUUCUUGUCAAGAGAACUGCUCAUGAUUCCCCAAUCUCUCGUGGCAAAGCUUCUUCUCCCCAGAAAGUUAGCAAUCUGCCUUGCCCGGUAUCGUCCCUGCGUAGGCGUGUCAACCAUUCACCAGUUCCGAUAUCUUCUUCACGCAUUCGUCUAGGAAAACAAUCUGGGAAUUUAAAGUCGUCCCCACGUACCAGAAUCAACGAUGCAAAUGAUGCCCCUUCACCAGAUGGCUCGUUCAAAGGUCCACCUUCGAAUUCUCAAUACACGAAACCCGCAGCUUCAACGGCACGUAAUAUCCCCUCAAGUUCACCGGCAUUGACCUCAUCCUUGCUUCAAACCAAUAAUAAAAUUGGCAAACUUCACCAAAGGCGUAACUUCCUGCCUGAAUUGACAGCUCCAGACAUAGAAACUCUAGAUACCUCGCAAUCUUCUUCUCCAAAGAUAUCGGCCCCAUCUUUCUCAAGGCGGAGCCAAUUUGGCAAUUUACCAUACUCAGUUUCAUCUCCAAAUAUCAGCAAGUUGUCAAACUCCAAUGAAAACGCUCCGCCAGUUCCGUUCGCUCCCAAAAGUGAACUCCAUGAAAGAGUAUUGCAUGGUCGUCGUGAAUCCGCACAUACCAAUAAUUACUACCCGCAUCCACUAUAUAGCAAUCCUACCGUCGCUAGCUCUGUUUUAACCGCUUCCGCAUCUAGUACGGAUAUGAGCCAACCACAUUCCCAAAAUCAGAGGGUACCAGAUCCUGACUUCUCAAGGAUUCCAAGCCCUACACCAGGAUCGAACUUCACAUCCACUAGUCGUCGACAUCUUCAUUCUCCAGUGAGAAGAGCUAUAGAAAAGGGAGAAGAAAGUCGGGCACGAAGACGGCAUACUUCACCAGUUUGGGGGUUGCCACACAUUUAUACCAAUAAAACAUCUCCUGCGGGAUCAUGCCAAACUGCUUUCAAAAUAUCAGAGUUGACACCAGAGCCAAAACAGGAAUCAACCUCUCUUCCCAAAUCAAAGACGUUUGGUGUUUUUUCUACUCUCAAGAACUCGUCUUCUAUUCAAUGGCUUCAUAGUAAUCGCUUAACGUCAAACCCCACUCAUUCUGCGGGCCCGACUAUCUCGACAACAAAAUACUCGCCGAUUCCGGAAUUUACAACAAACACCCUCCAGGUCCAUACUGCCCAGCCUUUUGCUUACUGGUGCGGUCGAUUUCAAGCCGUAUCUGACCGAUAUCAAAGUGAAAAUUUUCAUGUUUGUGUCACCAAUCCCCUUCCUGUUCCACGAGAUAGCGAUGUCAAACGUGAAAAGGCAUCCUCUCACUAUAGACGCACUGGUAAAAUAGUCCGAGAACCAAAUUCUCCGUUGAAGUCUAAUUCGCCGGCUCUAUUCUUAGAGAUAUCCCACAAGAAGACGCCAGUCAAAUCGUGUAAGACUGUUCUCACUUUUUCAACCCCAGCAAACUUUCUGGAAGAUUUUGAUAAACGAGCUCAAAAUGUCAUGGUAUUUCUCGCAUCAUUGUGCUGCACAAGUCCCGCUAAGAAGAGUCUUAGGGAAUGGCAAAUUCAGUAUGCUACAGUAAUGAAGAACAAAGCUCUAAUGCCUAGAAAUGAUGCAGAUGAUAAGGGCUUUUUUGGGAGGAUGGGAAAGGUUAUUAGUGAUGGUGUUAAUGGGAACAAAGUCGGCACGAAUGGAAGAGGAACUGGAAUGGGAAAGCGAAGCGCUUUUAGCCUCAGGGAAAGGUGGUAGAAGUGGAGGGGAAGAUCACCAAAUACUCACUCUUUUAUCGAUGAUCAAAACUUGGAUGUAUUGGAAGAAAAGAUUCACAUGUUGGAAUACCAACAUGCUUGAUAUAUUUUAGCUUUGGUGGAGGUAAAAGGGAAUGCCGGAGUAUUGAUUUGAGGCACGUCAUUGGCCUUCAUAAUCACAAAUAAACAUAGCAGGAGCUCGCAGACAGAUGAUGAUUCGAUGAGAUACGAUGGUAAUGAGCGAUGCAAUAUGAUACGAUAAGAUGAGAUACGAGUCAAACGACAAGAGAUGAGAAAACACAAUAUGAUUUUCAUGAGAACAUCAAGAUGGGCUACGAAAUUAUUCACCACAAUACGAUAAGAUGAGGCGGGAAGACAAGUUUGAAGACAUUGUUUAAAAAUAGCUAUAGCUAAUUGCUUCUGGUUUUCUCAGUGGAGAGAGAAAAGAGCAGCAGCAAUAAUAGUAGUGAAAAUAUUAGAGACUUUAAACCA